UCCGCCUCUCGUCGAAACACUCAUCCGCCCCAUAUUCAUUCCCUGACCCGUCUCCUGGCUUACUUGCUAUCCUCGUCACCGUCGCCGGCUCUUCUUCUGUUGACGGUAGGCCGCACGACUCCGACGUACCUCCAGACUUUCUCUGCCCUCGCCUCCACACCUACUCCUCCGCUCAGCCCUCUGCGUCUCAAGACACCGCGCCCUUGUAUCGGCAACCUUGCGACGUACCCGAAGCCACCACAUCCUCCAGGAGCUCGUUCACCCCCGCUCCUGUCGACCUCUACGCGCGUCCACGCAGGAAACGCGUACGCAGGACCGCCAACAUCGCUGACAAGUACGUGCAGUCUCCAGACGGGAGGUGGAGGAAGGCAGACUCUUGGCAGCUAUACGGCUCUUCGUCCUGUGCAGUACGUCUCUAGCCCUGCCUCACCUCGUUCACUCGCGUGACACUAUUUUCUAGGCUUCGCAGUGCAUGGACGCUACACCAACAGAGGUUCCCGUCGAGGACGAUCAGGUCUCGGCCUCUGCGGCAGCGACAGCUUCCGCGUCGACUUCUUCGAGUUCGUCGACCGACCCCACUCUCCCACAUGGGUGGGGAGGAAACAAAACCGAGGACGACAUGACGGGCAUCAUCCUCGGUCUCUCGCUUUCGCUCGCCUUCGCCUUAAUCGCCUUCAUGAUUGGCGUUGUCCUGUGGAGGAGAAAGCGGCGGAAGCGGGAGAAAGACACCGAGAAGACCGCGCCUAGUAUCGACACACGGGACACCGAAGUCAGCGAGCAGGCACAGCGCGUUCGCUCCAAGCAGCGGUUAUGGCAGCGGGUUGCCGUCAAGUGGAAGGCCAACGUGAAGCACUCCGCGCGCCUGCGUAGGAAACGCGCGACGACCGCUGCAACGAGGCCUUCGGAUACCGACCUUCUCAGCGACAGGCCGACUAUCCAGGCUUCCACGUCAGCUGUGUCUCUCACGCGGACUCGGACGGUGAGCGACGGUGACUCUGCUUACACCGCCCGGCCGCUAUCUAUCCACGGAGAUGACCCAAGACUGCAGCGAUCGCGCUCGCCUAGUGUUGCAUCGUCUGACAUCGGUACUGGCACUACUGACGCUGAGUUGUUUUCUCUCCCGACAUCCCAGCCUCCUGCAUACAUCCCCAGCUCUCCCUUCCACCGGGCGCGCUCCACGCCGCAUUUGACUCCCAGUGACGCCCCUUCGGGCUCACUUGAUCCCGCUAAGGCUUGUUCAUCGUCCGACGUUUCCUGCGACCCGUCGGUCCCCUACCCAUACGGGCCGCCAGUCCAUUCAGCACAUGUCGCCACAGAUGACAAGGCCGUUCUGGCCCAGAUGGCGCGUAUGGCUAGCGCGCCUCCCGCAGAUGGACCAUCAAUGUCGGACGCAACGGGAGGAUUAUCGGAAGUGCAGCCCUCGGUACCUGUCCUUGAGGAGGAUCCGUUCGAGACUCUGCCGUCGGAGAUGCAGCCAGACGUUGACACGGAUGACGAGCACGCGAUUCGCCAAGGCUCGAACCUUCCCAUAACACAUGACGCGCUAUCAAUGGCCAUUCUAACGGCGCCCUCUUCCUACCCUGGCUCGUACCUUCCCGUAGACGACGACGGCGACUCCGACGUUCCAUCCUAUGCGGAAGACGCUAUUCGACAUCCCACCUUGGUGCUGCCGCCACCCCCACGCAAGGUACCGCUCACCGGUCCGAUGUUCUACGAGUAUCCGCACGAGUUCGAAGAAGACGUCGCGUCUGUCGAACCCCCAGAUGGGCCCUCGUCGCCUCCGUUCGAGGAGCCAUCUGCAUUGCCUUUCGCGCUCGCAGUAGCGCCCGACAGCGCGCACAUGAUCGUUCCAAGCUCUCCCCCGCUCGAGAUCGAAGACGAACGACUGUUUGCGGCGCAUCUUUUGCCCUCUGCGCCUCCUCUCGACGACGACGCCGAGCACGUUCCCGUCCACGACGCAGGCUCACCGUCGGCACCUUGUGGACCAUUGCCUUGCGCGUCCUCGUCUGCCCCUGGAGAUCACCGAAACGUCAACCGCGACGACAUUCCAGGCGCCGCCCCUCCAGAACGGGCUGCUAUAAGUGGAGAUGACGUGUUGCCUCCGCAGUAUCUGCCAUGACCGGGCGCGCUGAAGGCCGUGAAUUCCCGGAAUUUACGUUACGUUGGUCCAUUGGCCCACGCUGCGGCGGAGGCCCUUCGCAGCUAUCGAUCCCGGACCGCCGCUGCAUCGUCCUGACUGCGGACCUUGUUCUAGACCGUUGCCGCUCGCUCGCUCGACUGUAGGGAGACGAGCAAGGAAGCGACUGGUGAUCGGUUUUCUGGCCACGCGGUAGGGAGACCUAUUCAUAAGUACUCGCUUGGCGCGCAUCCACGUGGUGCUGCUCGCUCAUGGCCAUCUCGCGGCUUGUACUGAAAGUUCCAAAGACCCUGGUCCGGGAAGAAUCCGCUAGCUAGCCGGAUGUUAUUAGUUUCAAAGGAGAUGUAUUGCUGUAUCGUUAUCCCGUUUCUUGCGCUCUGCGUUGCUUUCCGCCGUCCGUUUUCGGGUAGUUCUUCUUGUCUUACAUCAUUGUCAUCGUCGCAGCAAUCUCGGACUCAACCGCAUCUCAUUGACAUACUAUACGCAACUACCGAAACGAUGACUGCGGCAUUAUUAUUUGGCAGGGGUGGGACACAGAAUGUAUCGAAG